UGACGCGAUCAUAAGAAUCAUGACAAAAUCCUACUCAUUUGGAAGCUUGGAAUUAUACUGAAUUAUUACCUCUACAGCUUACAUCGUCUAAUGAGAAUAAGUCAAACGUCACACGGGAAUUAUACUUAAUGGUCAUUACAAUACAAAUUGUGGGUCUAAAGACAAGCUUCAGAAGGACAGAUGGGUAUUAGCUGACAUAAGAUCCAAAAGGAAUAAUAACAAAAGACUUUUGAAUCCAGAAUGAUGCGGUUUAUCUUGGUUUUACUUCUGGCACUGGUCUUCACGUUGGCAUCUUCAUUUGCAUUCCAUGUGGACAUGAACAAACGAAACCCACCCCUUGAUUCAGCAGAACAUUUUAUCACAACCAGACAGGACCGUGGAAUAACUAAUCCAAAAAUGGGCACCUGGUCUAUUUACAGGCCUGGGACAUGUACAUCUGAUAGUAUAUUAAACUUUUGUUAUGUAUGUAGCAGAGAUGUCAAUGAUAUGAAGGUUUACAUUGACUGUUGCGAACAGCAAAAGGAAACUGUAGUUUGGUGUACAGAGUGGUUGAAGGGAAGAUAAGUAAAUAGAAACCAGGUUGUAGUAUGAGGGAAGAUAAGUAAAUAGAAACAAGGUUGUAGUAUGAGGAAAUAACAAGUAAAUAGGAACAUUUCCGAAGACCAUGUCGUCUGGUUUGCAGAGAGAUCUAGAGGAAAAUAACAUGUAGAAAUUGGAACAGAUAUCCAGAUAAGAUCUCCAAUCUAUGACUAGGGACAUAAACUGAGCAGAGUGAUAAACUACUACAAAGCCUUAUUUACUCUUGUCAUCUGAAACUGAAUUCCGAUUAUUAUUAGAUUGGUAUUGAUCCAGAUUUAAUAAAUAAACAAAAUAAAACAUAUUCUUUUAUAGUUUAUUGAUGACAAUUAACAUAAUAACAAAUACAUGAAUAUUACAUCACACAUAUAUAAAAAUAUGCUUUCAUUUAAAUCUUGAUCUUGACAUAUGAUUUGGACGG